AUGGCACAGCUGCUGUCGUUGACAGGGCUCCGUUGCCAGGACGCCAUUAUCAGAAGUGACUUCGAUGGGCCCCAUGACGACGGUUCUUACAAAUGGGCUCUGCAAACAGAGGGUGGUAUCUACCACGAACAGCGAGGGUCGUUGCAGGGCGGCGCUGCUGAACCCAGCCUCCUGGUGGAGGGACAGUACCAAUACACCGCUCCUGACGGACAGAUAAUCAACUUGCUGUACACGGCGGAUGAGAACGGCUUCCACCCCACGGGGGCCCACCUACCUACUCCGCCCCCCAUUCCCCCCCAAAUACAGCGCGCUCUCGACUACGUAGCCAGACUCGCUCGAAAUAAAGUUUAAGUUCAACAUGUUUGAAGAAAUACAAUUUUAAGUUUUUUUUAAAA